AUGGACGGCGCGACGGGAGUUACGCAGUGCGUCAUUCCAGAGGGCCGCUCCUUCACGUACAAGUUCCGCAUCGACCCGGAGCAGCACGGCACCUACUGGUACCACGCGCACUCGGCCGUCAAGCGCGCCGACGGCCUCUACGGCGGGUUGGUCGUACACAGGCCCGCGGACGAGCGGACGGGGCACAGCGACCUGUCGCGGCACGACUACGAUGCCGAGAAGCUCCUGCUGGUCGGCGACUGGUACCAUCGCGGCGCGGAUACCGUCCUGGGCGAGUACAAAAACUACCGGAAUUUCGCAUACGAGCCUGUGCCGGACUCGCUGCUCAUCAACGGCGUGGGCUCGUACAACUGCUCGAACGCGCGCCCGGCGCGGCCGAUCGACUGCGUGGAGACGAGUCCGCCGACACUCUCUGUGGCUGCCGACAAGGCUGUCCGGCUGCGCAUCGUCAAUACCGGUGCCGCGGCGGGCCUCUCGUUCCAGCUCCAGAACGGCACCGUGCAGCUGCUGACCGUCGACGGUGGCGGUUACGCGUCCGGCGACACGCCGCGGACGCCCACCAUCGGUGUGCUGUACCCGGGAGAGCGCAUGGAUGUGCUGCUGCUGCCGAGCGACGUGCCUGCAGACGAGGGGCACCUGCUCGACACCGAGAUUAAGAUGGUGCUGGAUGCCGAGCUCAUGCCGAUGAAGAAUUGGGCCUUGACGCGCAUACAAGACUUUCCUCUCAAGUGGCGGCGUCGGUCCUCCACCACCACUCAUGAGCGGCAGCACAUUCCAGAGAGCGUCGACGUCUUCAACGUCAAGGACGCGCGCGGCGUCGCAGUGCCCCGAGACUCGGGCGUCCGCCAAGAGCCGGCGGAGACGGCGCUGCUGUACACCAGCCUGGCCAUCAACAACUUCAAGCACGACGAGCCCUGGGGCGAGGUCAACCACACCUCGUGGGUGUGGCGCGAUCCCACGGCCAAGCCGCUGCUCGCGCUGGAGAGGGACCGCUGGGCGGACGGCACCGAGCAGGCCAACAAUCUGCGGACCUUCCACGCGCCGUGGUUCCGAGACGGGCAGGGCCGGUGGAUCGACCUGGUGGUGAACAACGUGGACGACAAGGGGCACCCAUUCCACUUGCACGGAUAUGCAUUUCACGUCAUCGGCGCCCGCCAGCUUGAUCUCGGCCGCUCGUACAACCCCUACGAGCCGGGGGCGACGGAGCGCGAAGCGGCCUUCUUCGAUACGGAGACGCCGCUGCUCAAGGACACGGUGUACGUCCAGUCGCACGGCUACGUGGUGCUGCGGUUCCCGCUGGACAAUGUCGGCGUUUGGUUGAUGCACUGUCACGUCCUGUGGCACCAGGCGGUCGGCAUGGCGCCGCAGCAGGCCUCGCCGGCCUCCUCCAUAUCCGAACAGCCAACCUUGUCGUCCGCUCCGCAUGGUCAUACUCCCACUGAGCAGGAGAGACAAAUCUUCCACCUUCUACGGACCCUCACCGUGCGCCAAGUCAAUGGCGGCAUCAAACCCGACUUUUGGAGCAAGAACCUGCUGCAGGCCACCUAUGUCUAUCCCGCCAUCUGGCACGCCGCCCUCGCUCUCGCCGCCAUGUAUCAGCGAGCCAAUAUCCUCCGCGACUUCGGCGACGCGAGCGUCGCCGAACAGUACAACACAUUUGCCCUCCAGCAGCAUAUCAUAUCCUUUCGCUUCAUCAUCGCCAUGAACCACAGUCGCGUGUCGGGUGCCGAGCAGGAAAUGUUGCUGACCGCAAGUGCGCUGUACGCCGGAAUAUGUCUGUUGCGCGCUGAUCUGAACCAAGCCCGCGCGCAUGCGGCUGGUGCCGCGAAACUCUCCAAACAGUGGAGGUUUCUGGACGAUGAGACGGAGCAGCAAGUGGCAGACGGUGUCAUUGGGCGGGCGAAUACUAGACAGCUCAUUCGAGACGUGUACCAUUCUUUUCACUCCAUCGCAAGCUUUUCUGAAGACAUUGCCGCCCACUUCGAGGCCCCAGUCUGGCACGUAACGGAGCCGUUUGCUUCUGUUGAUGAGGCGUACUAUGCCUACUUGAACAUUCACUCCGGCUGGGCGCGAAUCAAGAGCUGGGAGCCCGACAACCGUCCUUGCCGCGGCGCCUCUCCGUCACCCGGCCAGAUGCAAGUGCGACAGCACGCGCUUGGCCUUUGGACGAUUAGAUUUGAAGCCUACUUGCAACUGGGUACUUACACAAAGGAGGACCUGGAUACCAUUGAGCUGCUACGACUUUUUUGUCUCUUUGAAGAGACGUUUGACACCAUCAUGAUACACCGAACCCCGGAAGUCUGGAUCAAGAACUCGCAUCGGUGGGAGCGCAUCGUCAAGGCAGCGGAGCGCCUGCUCGAAAAGCAAAGAAGUAGUGGGGAUGCUACCUUCUCCACUAGGGGCGUCUUUUACUACUCGCUUUCCGUCCAGGAGGUCCUGCGCUUGACAGGCUUCAUCUGUCGCAGCGGCGCCAUUCGGCGACGCAUCAUCAAGCUCUUGCAGCAGUGGCGACACUGUGAUGGACUGUGGGAUAACGAAAUCUCGUGGAAGUUGGUCGAGGCAAAGAUGCUGAUGGAAGAGGAAGCCCUUGCGGCGGACAGGUCGGCAUCCUGCGAGUGCGUGCCCGACGUCUUCUUUUGCAUGGAUCACCGUGUCGCGUACGUCAAGAUGGAGUUGCCAGAGGAAGGUGGUCUCGGUGCGCACAUGAAGACGGGUAAGCAGCUCAAGCAGGGACUGCCUGGUCAACGGUGGUGGAUUCAGCUGAGGCGCUGA